UUCAUAUAAAUAAAAGAGGUUAAAAUACGUAGAGUAAUUUAACAAAUCCUCCGAAAUUAAAAUUUACUUUAUUACCUAAAACUCAACUUGAUUUAAAAAGUAGAGGUAGCAAUCACUAACCAAACCAAUCGAAAAACGAGUUAACAUAGGCAACACACAUAGAAAUGGCGUGAUUACUAUAUAGUUGUAAUCAUUAGUCAGUACGUACAAAAUAUGUUAAUUACUUAAUCAAUUUCUAAACGGUGCAUAAUUGAAAUAUAUAUACGCUGCUGUUGCUCAACAACUAAUAGUUAACUAAACUUGAACUUGGAAAAAAAACUAUAUACUAAAGCUGGAUGGACAUUGUUGAUUAAGUUUUGAUUUAUUAUGUAACGUGCAGUCGCUUUACAAAUAAUGUUAUUGUGGAAAUAUUAAGUUUUAUAUUAUAAGCACUUAUUAAAAUGUUGUCGGUUUUGAAGUAUGGCUCCAUGUGCUAGCAAUCAAAACUCAAAAAGACAUGUCUCAGGUGAAAAAGAAACAGAACGAAGUGUGUGUCAAUGGAGCAGAAAAAGACGAUCACACAGACGGCGUACCGAUGCCCUGGUUUGGUAUGGAUAUCGGGGGCACAUUGUGCAAGUUGGUCUAUUUUGAACCGAAAGAUAUCACUCGAGACGAACUUGAUUCCGAAAUUGAAAUCUUGCGGAACAUUAGAAAGUAUUUAACAAAACAUUCCGCUUACGGGAAGACAGGUCACAGAGAUAUGCAUUUACAGCUGGAUAAUGUGCCGUUGCGAGGCAGAAGAGGCACUCUGCAUUUCAUACGAUUCCCAACCUGCGAAAUGGGGAAUUUUCUUGCGCUGGCCAAGUCAAAAGGAAUGGCGACUCUCGUUACAACCGUCUCUGCUACAGGAGGGGGCGCCUACAAGUUUGAAAAUGACUUUAGGAAGGAAGUGAAUCUAAAACUGGCCAAAUUCGACGAAUUCGAUUCCUUAAUAAGCGGUAUCCAGUACAUUGACACGCACAAUCCCAAUGAAUGUUAUUAUUGGGCUAAUCCGACGGAAAUGGAAAAGUGCUCAAAGUCUAGUUAUGACUUUUCCAAUCCAUAUCCAUUCCUCCUGGUCAAUAUCGGUUCAGGUGUAAGCAUACUUGCCGUUUACGGGCCUAAUAAUUACAAGCGGGUUACUGGUACCAGUAUAGGAGGGGGCACUUUUCUAGGUCUAUGUUGUCUCUUAACAGGCUGCAAUACUUUUGAGGAAGCCAUAGAACUCGCAGCCGGUGGAGACAAUACUAACGUCGACAAGCUAGUGAGAGAUAUUUAUGGGGGUGAUUACGAAAGAUUUGGUUUACCUGGAGACCUAGUAGCCAGCAGUUUUUCGGCUGUCUGCAGUUUUGGUCAGAUGAACUCACGAGAGAAACGAAGCAAAGUUAGCCGUGAGGACUUGGCUCGUGCCACGCUCGUUACCAUCACCAAUAACAUAGGGUCUAUAGCACGAAUGUGUGCUCUCCAAGAACACAUCGACAGGGUGGUUUUCAUAGGCAAUUUUCUUCGAGUUAAUCCAAUUUCAAUGAAGAUGCUUGCAUACGCAAUGGAUUACUGGUCAAAUGGGACAAUGAAGGCGCUGUUUUUAGAGCACGAAGGUUAUUUUGGAGCUGUAGGGUGCCUCUUGAGGUUCAAUGGACAUGACUAACGAUUAAUUUUCUUUAUACUUUAACUUAACGGUCAUAUUCACUUUCACUUUUUUAAAACGUGAACGGUAAUUGUUACAAUACGACACGAUCAGAUCAUAUUCCGGAUCAAAAAGCAGUAAAGCGCACGUUUUUUUCUGAAGCAUUUGGUUGGGCUAAGGUCACACAAUCAAUCCGGUGUACACCUUUGAAAUGUAAACAUACGUAAACUGGCAUAAAGCGAAAAGCUCACGAGUGCUUUUGUAAAAUAAUAUUAAUAAAUUGUUGAUCGCG